UUCAUUAUUUUGCAACUAAAAUGCUUGAAACAGCUGAAUCUCAUAUUAAUAAACUUCCUUCUCUUUGGCAAAAUAUAACAACUCAACGUGAUUUCAAUACUUUAAAAUUUGUUGAAAUUCUAACAUCCUCGGAUUUUCCUGAAGUCGAAGCACGUAAAUGGGUUGAUGACAGAUAUCCCUUAACUAUACAGCUUUGCAUUCUAUAUGUUAUCGUUGUUUUUGGAACGAGGCAUUUUAUGCGCAAUAGAGAACCAUUUUCACUGUUUGUUCCGUUAAAUGUAUGGAACCUUUUUCUAGCAAUUUUCUCAACAAUGGGAGCUUUUAAACUUAGUUAUGAAUUUUUUGAAACAAUUCUGACACAUGGACUACAGAGUUCUUAUUGCCAUGUCCAUAAUUAUACUCUCGGAACAAACGGAUAUUGGGUCUGGCUUUUUAUUGUUAGUAAAAUGUUUGAAUUGAUGGAUACUGUCUUUUUGGCAAGUUCAGAAUUUUUGUAUUGGUUAAGGAAUAUUUUAGGUAUUGAGGAAACGACCAUUACUGUUUCUUCACUGACUAUGCUAUAUGCCUUCUAUUCCUACCCUAUUACACCAGCAUUCAAUCGGUGGGGCAUCUACCUAAACUAUUUGGUACAUUCAUAUAUGUACUCUUAUUAUUUUCUUCGCUCAAUGAAAAUUAAAGUGCCUGGCCCAGUUGCUAAAUUUGUAACUACUAUUCAAAUUUGGCAAUUUAUUAUUUCUGUUGCCAUUCUAAUACAUCUUGGAUGGUUAACUUUUGUAGAAAAUGUUAAAUGCGACUUGGAUAGUAAAGUUUUUGCAUUUGCUGUUAGCAUGGAUGUCAGUUAUUUAAUUUUAUUCAUUAAUUUCUUCCUUCAUGCCUAUGUUUUGAGAGGUGGAAAGACAAAAUAUCGAACUGAUAAGGCUAGUAAUGGGUCUGCUAAUGCAAAAAAGGAUGAACAAUCAAAUCCUAGUGAAGCAUUGUUUUUGAGCAAUGGUGAAUUGCGCAAGAAUGAACAGGAGAAAUCAAAGGAGAAAUUAAUUAAUUAA